UGCAUAUGGCCAGCUUGGCACACCUUGUGCUUCAGGACGUUAAGACAAUCCACAAUAUUGGAAACCAGUGACCAUACGCAGCCAUUGCCAAGGAUUUAUAAUUCGUGAGGACGCUGGUUUUGAUCUGACAGAGGUGCGGCAGAAUCGACUCAAUUUCGUCGAGGGUCAAGACAACGAAUCUAAAGGAUAAAAGCCCGGAGUGGCAUAAUCAGUUAUCAGUAUUGUUGACCAUUUAUUAACAACAAGCUCAGAAGUCGCACACAGAUCGACGCUGCUCCAAUGGAAGACUCAGAGGCAGAUCUAAAUUCGUCUGAACCAGACGCGCUUGGAGCAGACUUCAUCACCGUCGAACUGGACACCCAGCCCAUAGAGUAUGUCGUCAAGUGGGCAGAGGUCGGGUCGAAGUUCACAAUAUCCUGUGUGAAAAAGGAAGCGGACGAGGGGUCUGGCCUAAGUCUGGAUCAGGUAAAGGAAGAGCCGGAUGAGCCCUUUUUUGCCCAGUAUGAGGAAGAGUUCCCCGGCUGUGACAUAGCCGAGCAGAGUGUCAUAGUGAAGGCGGACGACUCUGACGAGGAUGACCACACUGAGCCAGGGAGUAGCCAGCUGGUCCCUGUUGGAGAUGGCUCUGAUUCAGGCUCAGAGAAAGGGGAAUACAGCUCACCGGGUGGAAGCUACCACUGCAACUACUGCGGGAAGUGUUACAGUCAUUCCUCAAGCCUCUCAAGACACCAGCAACUGCACACGGGAAAGGCACCGCCGCCCCCGAACAAGAAAACGGAUACAGCGUGCGCCGAGGGAAACAAGUACAAGUGCACCCAGUGUGCAAUGCGCUUCAAAAGCAGAAGAGCUCUGGGAACUCACCUGAGAACCCACCGAGGCAUGAGGGUUUACCCGUGCAACAUCUGCGGGAAGGAUUUCAACCACAGCUCCAGCUUGUCGCGUCAUAGGCUCAUCCAUAAAAAGGGGAAGGGCAUUCCCUCUGGCGCUCCAGCUCCCGCCAUCAGCUAUGUCCGCCGCCAGCCCAGCAGCCGGAAGAAGAAAAAGCAGACUCGUGAGAAGAAGCACACCGCCGAGAAGAAGUUCACUACGGAGAAGAAGUCCCCUAUGGAGAAGAACCUCGCCGGGGAGAAGUUCUACGCAUGCACACAGUGCGAUAUGACCUUCAAGAACUCCAUUGGCCUCUCGAAACAUCAGGUGUCCCACGUCAAGGAUCUUCUGAAUAACUAUGCCCAGGGCAAAGGCAGUCUGGCCAAGUCCUCCGACCUGAAGAUACGCCUCAAGCUGUGCUCCCGGGACAAACCCAACUUCUACACCCUCUGCAAGAAGAACAAGCGCUCACGAGCGGCAAAGCGCCAGCGCCAGGCGUCCGUCUCGGAGGAGGACGAGGGCCAGUACGCGUGCGACCAGUGCGACAAGCGCUUCAGCCAGGCGCAGAGCCUCGCCAGGCACCAGCAAAUGCACAAGGGGGAGAACAAGUUCAGCUGCUCUUACUGUAAAAAGACCUUCACCCGGCUGUCCAAUCUCCACCACCACGAGAGGUCCCACUCGACGGGGGGGAGGUACGAAUGCACCACGUGCAGCAAGACAUUUGUGCACUCGUCCAGCUACUCCAGGCACAAGCGGCAGCACGCCGAGGAGGAGGUGCGGGCCCACCAGCGUCUGCGGAUGAGCAUCGACGAGACGGCGCCGCUUGAGUCCGACUCUGAGUGAGGGUUUGUCGGGGGUUAGCUCUCAGCCGCCGCCCCUCGCCACCCCGUGCGGAGCUGACAAAACUGAGAUUCAUGGGCAGGGACGGUCGGGGUAUCUGGUUCGGGACUGGAAUUGGCAUUACUCUGAGUAUAUAAAGUGUGUGAUGAUAAGUUAUGGUUAUAUGAUAUCGGCAAAUUGUAUAUUGGGAUGCGGUUAGGAAUUAGUUCACCCAUGUGUAUGUUUUUUUUUUUUAUUUUAAUUAUUUUUUGUUUCUCCUAGAUUGCACUGACCAUGUCUGCUGCCCAUGCAAAGGAAUAUUUAGAUUUACUUUGACAUUCCCUUUUGGUCGUUGUUAGCUACCCGGGUUAAGGCAGACGGGUCGCUAGGAUCUCGCCAGCUGUGAAGUACUCUGUGCCAUCUGCGUAGUAUAUCAGUCAGGGUACCAGCCCUUACCACGCGUCAGAAAACAAUUUGAUGAGAAAACGCUUCUCCUGUCAAGUUAAGCCAUUUCCUUGUUUCCUUUGACUUUGAUCUUUUCAGUUCAUCCGAGUGAUCUAUGAUGCUUCAAAACCAACCGUUGAUCAAAACAAUGAAGUACUUAACGAGAGAAAAAGUAAGUAGAGAAGAUUGAAUAAAUCCAGGCAUCAUUUGUAAAAGUGAAUCCUUAAACUGGCAGGGGUUCCAUUUUCUCCCCAACUUCGGUAUGUGUUCAAAGAUCUCCAUGCCAACAUAGUUCUAAAAUAAAAAAAACAAGCGACACAGCUUUAUUUCUGUGUUGGUCUUUGAUUUGUGCAUCUUUGUUUUCCAUUUUUUUUUUCUUUUCUUUCUUUUUUUUUCUUCUUUAGACUGCUAGCGUUGAGUGAUAAACCAAGUUUCCUUUCAGCAUGAAUGCUUAGGUGAUUUAGUUUUCUUCUACUACAGUAUUCAGAUGAAUGUUCAGGUUGUUGACUUUAGGACUUUCAUGUCAAAAUAUGAAGUCCAAUCAGAUCCGUAGAACUUGAAAAUUCCUAUAUUUGAUAUUUGCCAACAUAUACUGCAAUUACCACAAUGUAUCAAAUUGUGAUUCCAUAUAAAUAUGUGUAUGCAUGAUGAAUAUAGCUUGAGAUUAGUUUACAAUAUAUGUAGGUUUUACAUCUACUGUGAGUAUGUAAAAACAUUGCAUUUGUGGAAGUGAGAGUAAUUGAAAUAUUUAAUAUGUGCAGUGUAUUUUGACAAAUACUCUCAAAUAUUCCUUGGAUUUAGGAUUUCAUAUUUUGUACACGUGUGUAUUGAGGUUGUAGGGAAACUGCACUUCUUAUUUAUGAAUUGGGAACAAAGGUGCAAUUUACAUAGUAGGGAAGGCAAUUCACAGCAAUGACAAAUAUAAAAACACCUUUUAGUGGCAAAGCUAUCUUUGUUUCCCCCCCAAAGUUCCACUUCUUCGGAUGAACUUUUCACAAGACCAUUACCAUUCACAGAUAUAUUAUCACAAGCUGUCAACUAAUUACUGUAUAUCACCAAAGCUUUAAAAAAAAAAAAAACGCUUGUAUACAUGCAUAGCCAGAUGGAUUUUAUUUUUCAGUUAAAUUGUCCAAUUAUCUAUUGAAAGUUAGUGUCCUGUUUGAUGUUUAUAUUUGCUUUAAGCAACCUGGGUACUCUGAACAAUGAUCCACACUUGACCGUUCUCGUGAAUAACUUUUAUUGUUUUGAAUUGGAAGUUAGCCGUGAAUUCUCUUUAUUUCUUUCAGUGUUUGAAUAGGACACCUUGGGAAACGGUUUAGUGGUAUGCAUCAAGCACCGGCCCAGACUAUUACACCCACCAUGUUAAUUGAAAAUGGAAAAAAAGCUUGGUACUUUCCCUGUAUUUAUGUCAGUUGAUGUUUAUUUAGUUGAUUUUGUUUGAAGAGCUAGAUCCCCCUGGUUCCUCUCAGGGCCCUACAGGCUUAGUUGAGUUCAGUUUUAUUUGGUUUGGUUUUCUGUUGUGGUUCUGGCCUUUUUGUCCAGUGGCAAACAAUAUUCUCCUCUCUCCUGUUUAUCAGCAAUCUCAGCCUUUUGGAUUGUGAAACUAAUAAUGUUUUAUUUUUCGCUGUCAUUAUUUAAUUUUUUGAUGCAGCGGACCUACAUCCUAUAGAGAGGUGUAUGUUUUUUGUAUUGUGUUUGCCUUUAGAAAAACAGUUGACAUGUUUUGUCUUGCGUUUUUGUAAUAAACCUUUCAUGAAAGAAGUGGUCCAUGAUGUCCUGGAAGUAUCAAAAUGAUUUCUUGGGAAAAAAUACUUAAUUUUGGUAAUUCACAGUUGUAAUUUAUAGUCUCCCCACUAGAUGGCUGCAAAUCACUUUAAAUUAUCAAGCAUGAUCUGCAAAAGAAACUAGAAAUGUGUCAAUGUUUUGUUUAGAGUUGUUUAAUCAGAGUUUUUUUUUAUUCAGUUGUGAAUUAAAUUGUUUGAGAAUAGUUAAUAUUAUUUGUCAGGUUUACUUGUUUAAGACAAUUUAAUUGCUGUAUUUGUCUUCUGAUAGUACACUUUACAGGUUUUCUCUAUUGCUUGAACACUUUCUCAGAGCAGUUAACAUGUUGGCCAUAUCUGGAACACUGUUGGCAAAAAUGAAAUUCUAUUUGCAAACUAUACUAUGACUUGAAACAUACAUAAAAUACAUGACACAAAAUCAACUACUUGCAUCAAAAUGUACAACUGUCUCAUCAAUGCACAAUGGCCUAAUAAAAACCAAUUACAACAGUCCAAAUACCCUUA